UCUCGAUAAAUUCUUACAAAUAUAGCCACUAUGUCAAAUCUAGCCUUAAUUUUUUCUCUUUUCAUAAUUUGCACAACUUUCAUAGCUUCAUCUAACGCCAUUUCGCAAUGCAACGGCCCAUGCAAAUCAUUGAACGAUUGCGACGGUCAAUUAAUUUGCAUAAGAGGAAAAUGCAACGAUGAUCCUGACGUUGGAACCAGUAUUUGCGGAGGAGGAACCUUUCCUUCUGUUCCUCCUUCUCCUCCGUCUACUGGCUCAACGCCAGGUAUCCUUACCCUCAACGACUUCAGUGAAGGCGGAGAUGGGGGUGGUCCGUCAGAAUGUGACGAACAAUAUCAUGACAACAAAGAACGAGUAGUCGCGUUGACUACUCGAUGGUAUGCUGGCGGUUCAAUGUGUGGUAAACUGAUACGCAUUCGCCCGAAUAAUAAUGGAAAAAGCGUAACGGCUAAGGUCGUCGAUGAAUGUGACACUAAAGAUGGUUGUAAAAAUAAUGUUGUUGAUGGUUCAAUUGCUAUAUGGAAAGCUUUAGGGUUGGAUACAGAUUUAGGUAGAGUUCCUAUUACAUGGUCCAUGGCAUAGGAUCGACGGAUAAAUUCUGUAGCUAAAUAAUUACGUAUUAAUUAUCGAUGAUUAAUACGAUAAAAUUGUUACGUGGUCCAUGGCCUAGGAGAUACUAAUAUUGUUAACCCUAAGUUGUUUAAUUACUUUAUUUAAUGUGUUUGGUUGUCAUACUAAAGUUUGAAUAAUGUUUGUAUCAUCUUAUCUACUAUAAUAUGUAAUAAGAUGGACAUUGGAGUA